GCUGGAGAACCUGCUGCGGCGGGAGCUCAGCUUGCGUGUCAGGUCACGUUCGGCAGUGGCGCGAGCCCCAGCGCGCGCACCUGUGGCCACUUCCCAGCCCUCCCUGCUUGCGCUCCGGGCCGCCGCAAGACCAGAAUGGCCACCCCGCCGAAGAGGAGCUGCCCAUCUCUCGCGACCGGCUCUAAGGGGACCCGCAUCAAGAAAAUUGCCAUCGAAGGCAACAUCGCUUCAGGGAAGACAACAUUCGUGAAUAUCCUUAAACAGGUCUGUGAGGAUUGGGAAGUGGUUCCUGAACCUGUUGCCAGGUGGUGCAAUGUUCAAAAUGCUCAAGGAGAUUGUGAGGAACUGACGACAUCUCAGGAAAGUGGUGGAAAUGUUCUUCAGAUGAUGUAUGAGAAACCUGAACGAUGGUCUUUUACCUUCCAGUCAUAUGCCUGCCUCAGUCGAAUACGAGCCCAGCUUGCCUGUCUUGAUGGCAAGCUCAAAAACGCAGAGAAACCUGUAUUAUUUUUUGAGCGAUCUAUAUAUAGUGACAGGUAUGUCUUUGCAUCUAAUUUGUAUGAAUCUGACUGCAUGAAUGAAACAGAGUGGACAAUUUAUCAAGACUGGCAUGACUGGAUGAAUCAACAGUUUGGCCAAAGCCUUGAACUAGAUGGAAUCAUUUAUCUUCGAGCCACUCCAGAGAAAUGCUUGAAUAGAAUAUAUUUACGGGGAAGAAAUGAAGAACAAGGCAUUCCUCUUGAAUAUUUAGAGAAGCUUCACUAUAAGCAUGAGAGCUGGCUACUGCAUAGAACACUGAAAACCAACUUUGAUUUUCUACAAGAAAUCCCUAUCUUAACAUUGGAUAUUAAUGAAGACUUUAAAGACAAACAUGAUGGUCUGAUUGAAAAGGUCAAAGAAUUUUUGAGCACUUUGUGAUUUUGCUGAAGACUACAGGCAGCCAGAUGAUUCCAGGUAAUCAAGGAUGAUAAUUUUGUGGGUUAAACAUUCCAGAUGCACUGAUCUUUGAAAGGGAGACUUUGUCUCAAGUCCUACACUCACCAUGAAUAUUGAAACUAUUUCAUGAUAUUGUACAGGGUUUUUUUGUUUGUGUGUGAUACAAAUGAAUUUUCGUACUAAAUAUUAGCUUAAUAAAUAAGUAUAAACCUCA